CUCGUCUCCGUCCAUUCCCGUCGUUCUUUUGUGUUUGACUCUCUCUCUCUCUCUCUCUCUCUUUCAUAUCAUAUCAGUCAUCUCUCUCUGUCUCAUACAUACACAUACCACUGUACCUCGUUCUCACGAAAACCUUCAACUAGGAAUCCAUCGAGCCAGAGUGUUGUGUUGCUAGUGCAAGAGGCACCAACAUAGAUAGAUACAUACGUGCGUGCGUACGUAGGAAGGGUACGUACGCGGUAGUACACAACACACCAACACACCGUUUUGCACUCUGUUCUGAUCAUGAGGGCGCACAAGAUGGGUGUUAUCGUGGGGAUCACUGUUGCUACUGCUUCUGCUUCUUAAGCCUUUUCUUUUCUUCUGUGGGUUCCCCCUCUUUCGAUAUUCUGCACUUUAGAGAGACAACCAGACAUGGCUGGCAGCAACCAAGUCAAUCUCAAUGAAUCUAGGAGUGUUGUUCCUUUAAAUACAUGGGUGCUUAUCUCCAAUUUCAAGUUGUCUUACAAGCUUCUCAGACGUGACGAUGGAACGUUCAAUCGUGAGUUGGCGGAGUAUCUCGAUAGGAAGGUCCCCGCAAACGCAAUUCCCGUUGAAGGUGUGUUUUCAAUCGAUCACGUUGAUAGAAACGCGGGUUUAUUCUACCGUGUGUACUUACCAACCUCAGGAAACGAGGCUCAAUGGGGUAUCAGAGACCUUGAGAAGCCGUUAAGUACUACAGAAAUUGUUCCUGUAAUCGUAUUCUUUCACGGGGGAAGCUUCUCGCAUUCCUCGGCCAACAGUCACAUCUACGACACCUUCUGCCGCCGCCUUGUGAGGAUUUGCAAGGCUGCUGUGGUGUCUGUGAACUACCGGCGGUCACCGGAGCAUCGGUAUCCUUGUGCAUACGACGACGGCUGGGCGGCAUUGCGGUGGGUGAAGUCGAGAGCAUGGCUGCAAAGUGGGAGGGAGGCCAAGGUUCAUGUCUACUUGGCAGGGGACAGUUCUGGAGGGAACAUUGUUCAUCAUGUGGCAGUGAGGGCUGCAGAGGAGGAAAUUGAGGUCCUGGGGAAUAUUCUUCUCCACCCUUUGUUUGGUGGGGAGAAGAGAACGGAAUCAGAAUUGAGAUUGGAUGGGAAAUACUUUGUGAGGCUUAAGGAUCGUGAUUGGUAUUGGAGAGCUUUUCUACCUGAAGGAGAGAAUAGAGACCACCCUGCUUGCAACCCUUUUGGACCAAGGGGGAGAAGCAUUGAAGGACUCAAAUUCCCUAAAAGUCUUGUUUGUGUGGCUGGUUUGGAUCUUCUGCAAGAUUGGCAAUUGGCAUAUGCUAAAGGUCUUGAGGAUUGUGGACAACAGGUCAAGCUUCUUUUUCUCAAGGAAGCCACUAUUGGCUUCUACUUCUUGCCAAACAAUGACCAUUUCUAUUGCCUCAUGAAAGAAAUCAACAACUUUGUCAAUUCUGAUUCUGACUGUUAAUAUACUAUUAGUACUAAGACGACAGACGACUACUACUACUACUGCUACUACUUAACCUUACCUUACCUACAGGAGGCAUACAUAACUAAAGCUUGACAUUUUACUUGGGUUCUCUUUUUUUUUUCUUUCUCUCCCCCACUUUUGUAUCCCGUCUUUUCUCUUUUUCUAGUUUGUAGUAAGGUGUGUAGUUAUAAGAUUGUGUAGCAUUACUUGUUAUUGUCAUAACAUCUAUGGUGGUCAAUUUGAGAGUUCUGUGACCUGGGGACUACUGCUUCCUGUUCCUCUCUGUUUGUGUCUUUUGGAAGGUAGCACCUAUCACCGGCUUUGGCAGUACCAGAACUCGGUUCAUUUGGGGGGUUUGGUCGAACCACCGUAUACAACGCUUCAGCCCCCCUUUUAACGUUUUGAGGUCAAUGGCAGGAGGGGAGAUAGAAGAUGAGGAUUGGUUCAUCACUUUGUUUGAUUAAGUGAAUGGUUUCCUCUUGUAGCACUAAUUACUGAAUGUGAACCGGAGAAUAUCCCAACCUGUUGUUAUAUGAAUCUGUAUGUUAUAUGUAUACCUAUGUUGUAUAAAUGUCUUGGAUGUUUGGUUUUGCUUUUUAGUUGGAUUCUCCUCCUCCAAUAUGUUGUGCUUGUCUGUCUCUCGUGAAUCCUGCUAUGGUUCCAAUUAAGCAGUUUCAAUUUAUUGAGUUGUUGAAGAUGUUU